UGAUAACGGCAGUACAUGGACUUCUCUCAGAUCGCCCGGCCAGUCCAAGCGGUGUUCACCAGUGUGGUCGUAGCAGCAUUCGCUCUCGCGAUUUUCGGAUAUUUCUUCGUCUCUUUCGUCAGAGAGCUGAUGAAGCAGUUCCUCAGGCAAUUCUUUGGAUUAGAGAGGUCUCUGAAGAAUCCAUUGACUGAUGAUCUAGUGAGUGGGGGGCAGCCGCCAACAGGUGACAGGAUGGAGCAGAAUGGUCUGCCCAAUGGCAGCUCGGAGCCUGUCAAUUUCAUUGUGGGUGACGAGGGGGACGGAGAUGCAGCGGGUGCACCCAUCACUGAAGAGGAGAAGCGGGAGAACACUGAUGCCUUCCCGAGUGAAACCACUUCCAACAAUGCCUCAUACAAGGACCUCUUUGGACUUGCUGAGCGGCGGAAGCGUCUCAGGCCGAGUAUGUCUCAAGGAACCGUUAUCCACGCAAGACAACUUGACAAAGACUUCACCGUAGGAACACCAGAAGAGUUCGUCCGCAGAUUCAAAGGAACAAAAGUUAUCAAUAAGGUCCUGAUUGCUAACAAUGGAAUUGCAGCAGUCAAGUGUAUGCGCUCCAUUAGGAGAUGGUCGUAUGAGAUGUUCAGAAAUGAAAGAGCUGUCAGAUUUGUUGUCAUGGUCACCCCAGAAGAUCUUAAAGCUAAUGCGGAGUACAUCAAGAUGGCUGACCAUUAUGUCCCAGUGCCAGGUGGAACCAACAACAACAAUUAUGCCAAUGUGGAACUCAUAGUUGAUAUAGCCGUGCGCACACAAGUACAGGGAGUCUGGGCCGGCUGGGGUCAUGCUUCUGAGAAUCCAAAACUGCCAGAGCUUUUGCACAAAAACAACAUCGCUUUCAUUGGACCCCCGGAGCGUGCCAUGUGGGCUCUCGGAGACAAGAUAGCAUCAAGUAUCGUUGCACAGACAGCGCAAGUGCCCACAUUGCCUUGGUCUGGUUCAGACUUGACAGCGAUGUAUGUCGGCAAGAAGAUCAAGAUCAGCACAGAGCUGUACAAGCGAGGCUGUGUCAAUACCUGGGAAGAAGGUUUACUCUCCGCACAGAAGAUUGGGUUCCCUGUCAUGAUCAAGGCCAGUGAGGGAGGAGGUGGCAAGGGCAUCCGGAAAGUCGAGGGACCGGAAGACUUUGCCAAUCUCUUUAGACAGGUCCAGUCGGAAGUGCCGGGUUCCCCGAUAUUCAUCAUGAAGCUAGCCAGCUGUGCCAGGCAUCUGGAAGUGCAGCUGUUGGCUGACCAGUACGGCAACGCCAUCUCCCUGUUCGGCCGUGACUGUUCCAUCCAGAGGCGUCAUCAGAAGAUCAUUGAAGAGGCUCCUGCCGCCAUUGCCAAACCUGAAAUUUUUGAGGAAAUGGAAAAGGCUGCAGUGAGACUGGCCAAGAUGGUAGGCUACGUAAGCGCUGGAACUGUAGAGUAUCUCUAUGAUACAGACGGAAACUACUACUUCCUCGAGCUCAACCCCAGGCUGCAAGUGGAGCAUCCUUGCACUGAGAUGGUCUCCGACGUCAACUUGCCCGCUUCACAAUUGCAGGUGGCCAUGGGUUUGUCUCUGCACAAAAUCAAAGACAUCCGUAUGUACUAUGGUGAGUCUCCUUGGGGAGACAACCUAAUAGAUUUCGAGAACCCGACACACAAACCCUCCCCAUGGGGACACGUCAUCGCUGCACGUAUCACCAGUGAGAAUCCUGAUGAAGGGUUCAAACCCAGUUCAGGAACUGUUCAAGAGCUCAAUUUCCGUUCCUCCAAAAACGUGUGGGGAUACUUCAGCGUUGCUGCGUCUGGAGGCCUGCAUGAGUUUGCUGAUUCUCAGUUUGGCCACUGUUUCUCGUGGGGUGAGAACAGAGAACAGGCAAGGGAAAACUUGGUGAUAGCAUUGAAAGAACUAUCUAUCAGAGGAGAUUUCCGAACAACUGUGGAAUAUCUUAUCACCCUCCUGGAAACAGAUGCCUUUCAGAACAACACAAUAGACACAGCCUGGCUGGACAAGUUGAUUGCAGAGAAGGUACAAUCAGAGAAGCCUGACAUCCUGCUGGGAGUCAUUUGUGGAGCUUUACACAUAGCAGACCGUAAGGUGCAGGAUGCCUUCCAGAACUUCCAGUCCUCUCUGGAGAGAGGUCAAAUCCAAAGUUCCAACACACUGGACCAUUCGCUGAACAUUGAGCUGAUACAUGAAGGCUAUAAAUACAAAGUUCAAGUAACAAAAUCAGGGGCGAACUCCUACUUUCUUGUCAUGAAUGGAUCUUUCAAGGAAAUAGAAGUUCAUCGCCUUAACGAUGGAGGUAUCCUGCUGUCGGUGGAUGGAGCCAGUUUCACCACGUACAUGCGAGAAGAGGUAGACAGGUACAGAGUUGUGAUCGGAAACCAGACCUGUAUAUUUGAGAAGGAAAAUGACCCUUCACUUCUGAGGUCACCUUCUGCUGGCAAACUGCUCAGCUUCCUGGUGGAAGAUGGAGGUCAUGUCAACAAAGGUCAAGCGUACGCCGAGAUAGAGGUCAUGAAGAUGGUUAUGACUCUGACGGCCAACGAGUCGGGGACCGUGUUCUACACCAAGCGACCAGGAGCAGUGCUGGAUGCUGGCUCUCUGCUUGGUCACUUGGAGUUGGACGAUGCUACUCUAGUCACCAGAGCCAUCGACUACAAGGGCCAAUUUCCUGAAGUGGAUGUCUCCACUCCCAUCAUGGGCGACAAGCUGAAUCAUGUUCACAAUAGCUACAGGACCAUGCUAGAGAAUAUACUUGCCGGUUACUGCCUGCCCGAACCAUAUCACUUGGCUCGGCUGAGGGAAGUUAUAGAGAAGUACAUGAGCUCCCUGCGAGAUCCGACUCUGCCGCUGCUAGAACUACAGGAAGUGAUUGCCUCCAUUUCGGGCCGUAUACCCAUCUCUGUAGAGAAGAAAAUCCGGAAGCUCAUGAACCAGUACGAGCGCAACAUCACCUCAGUUCUCACCCAGUUCCCCAGCCAGCAGAUCGCCAGUGUCAUUGAUGGACACGCAGCAACUCUGCAGAAGCGGGCAGAGAGAGACGGGUUUUUCCUGACAACUCAGGGCAUCAUCCAGCUAGUCCAGCGGUACAGGAACGGUAUCAGAGGCAGGAUGAAGUCUGCCGUCCACGAGCUGCUCCGCCAGUACUACGAGGUCGAAAGUCAAUUCCAGCAGGGCAGCUAUGACAAGUGUGUCACUGCCAUCCAGGAGAAGUACAAGGAUGACAUGGUGUCGGUGGCCGGAAUCAUCUUCUCCCAUUCUCAGGUAGCCAAGAAGAACAUGUUGGUGACAAUGCUCAUAGACCACCUGUGGUCCAAUGAACCUGGGCUGACGGAUGAGUUGGCAGCCACUCUCAACGAGCUCACCUCUCUCAACCGCAGCGAACAUUCCAGGGUUGCCCUCAGGGCCAGACAGGUCCUGAUAGCUGCUCACCAGCCUGCCUAUGAGUUGAGACACAACCAGAUGGAGUCCAUCUUCCUGUCUGCCGUAGACAUGUAUGGACACGACUUCCACCCGGAGAACCUGCAGAAACUCAUUCAGUCCGAGACAUCCAUCUUUGACAUCCUCCAUGACUUCUUCUAUCACACUAACAGAGCUGUCUGCAACGCAGCUCUUGAGGUAUAUGUACGACGAGUGUACAUUUCUUACGACCUUACUUGUUUACAACAUCUGGAACUAUCUGGAGAGAUACCUCUGAUCCACUUCCAGUUUUUGCUGCCUUCAUCACAUCCUAACAGACAAAAGUUGACUGACGCCAUGAAAGAGAACGGAGUCACUGCAGAGGUUAUGAGCACAGAUCCCACUGGCUCCACAGUCGUUCAUAGCUUCCAGCGCACGGGCUGCAUGGCUGCCUUUGAAUCCUUUGCACAGUUCGAGAACUAUGCUGACGAAAUAUUGGAUCUACUGGAGGACUUUGCUUCUCCAAACACGGUCUCACCGAAGAUCCUGGAGGCUAUGGAGAGUGGCAGUGAAUCUCGACUCAGCACCUCCAUCAAUGUCUCGUUGUCUACAACUGACGUCAGAUCGACCCCAAGUGACGAGAACAUCCAGGUGGAACCCAUUCACAUCCUGUGCAUAGCUGUGAAGGACAACGGGGACAUGGAAGACUCGAAGCUGAGUAAAAUGCUCGGCGACUUCUGCGCGAAGCACCGAGAUGAACUCAAGCAGAGAUCUAUUCGCAGAAUAACUUUCCUCGCUCUCAACAGACGGCAGUUCCCUAAGCUGUUCACGUUCCGCAAUUGUAACAACUUUGAAGAGGAUCGUAUCUACCGUCACCUGGAGCCUGGUAUGGCGUUCCAACUCGAGUUGAAUCGUAUGAGGACUUACGACCUAGAAGCUCUUCCCACUGCCAACCGCAAGAUGUACCUAUAUCUCGGGAAAGCAAAGGUGGCAAAGGGACAAGCCGUAACGGACUACAGAUUCUUCAUCAGGUCUAUUAUUAGACACUCAGACCUGAUCACAAAGGAGGCCUCCUUCGAGUAUCUGCAGAAUGAGGGAGAGAGAGUGUUGUUGGAGGCGAUGGAUGAACUGGAGGUUGCAUUCAGUCAUCCUCAGGCCCGGCGCACUGACUGCAACCACAUCUUCCUCAACUUUGUGCCCACCGUAAUCAUGGACCCUGCCAAGAUAGAGGAGAGUGUAACGAGUAUGGUGAUGCGUUAUGGCCCUCGGCUAUGGAAACUCCGAGUGCUGCAGGCAGAACUACGGAUGACCAUCCGACCAUCACCCAACGCUAAAACAUCCAAUGUUCGUCUCUGCCUGGCCAAUGACAGUGGAUACUACCUUGACAUUAACCUGUACAAAGAAGUCACUGAUUCCAAGACUGGGGUGAUCCGACUGGAGAGCUACGGAGCCAAGCAGGGCCCUAUGCAUGGCAUGCCCGUGUCUACUCCUUACCUCACUAAGGACUACCUUCAGCAGAAGAGAUUCCAGGCCCAGAGCCAAGGCACUACCUAUGUGUACGAUCUGCCUGACAUGUUCCGCCAGAUGACCGAGAAACUCUGGAAAGAGUUCAUUGAAGAGAGGCCGAAUGAGGCAAUAGUGAAGCCAAUCUCUGUGAUGGAUUGUGUGGAACUGGUGUUGGAGACUGGAGAGGAUGAUCAAGUUAGUCUGGUAGAACAGAAGAGACUACCGGGAGAAAACAACGUGGGCAUGGUGGCUUGGAAGCUUACGCUGAACACACCUGAAUAUCCGGAGGGAAGAGACCUCAUUCUGAUAGCUAAUGACAUCACUUACCUCAUCGGUUCAUUUGGACCAAAAGAAGACAUCGUUUUUAACCUGGCUUCUGAGCUGGCCCGGAAACUCAAGAUUCCGAGAAUAUAUUUUGCUGCUAACAGCGGAGCAAGAAUUGGUCUGGCAGAAGAAGUGAAAGCCCUGUUCAAGAUUGCCUGGGAGGACUCAGAUGAGCCGGACAAGGGUUUCAAGUAUCUCUAUUUGACAACGGAAGACUACACCAAAAUCUCAGCUCUUAACUCGGUAAAAGCCAUUCUCAUAGAAGACGAAGGUGAAGCUAGGUACAAGAUCACUGAUAUCAUUGGCAAGGAAGACGGUCUGGGAGUGGAGAAUCUCCGGUAUGCCGGUCUGAUUGCGGGAGAGACUUCACAAGCAUACAAGGAGAUUGUGACUAUCUCCAUAGUAUCCUGCCGUGCCAUCGGCAUCGGGUCGUACCUGGUUCGUCUGGGCCAGAGAGUGAUACAGAUUGACAACUCCCACAUCAUUCUCACCGGCUACAGUGCGCUCAACAAGUUGCUGGGCCGUGCAGUGUACGCCUCCAACAACCAGCUGGGAGGCACCCAGAUCAUGUACAACAAUGGAGUCACCCACAAGACUGAAUCCCGAGAUCUUGACGGUGUUUACACUGCCAUGAAGUGGCUCUCUUACAUUCCCAAGGACAAAAUGUCCCCGAUACCUGUAACAAAGCCUGUUGACCCGGUGGACAGAGAGGUUGGGUUCAUCCCCACCAAGACUCCUUAUGACCCAAGAUGCAUGUUAGCUGGUAGACAAAACCCAAGCAACACCUCGCAGUGGGAGAGUGGGUUCUUUGAUCACAACAGCUGGCAAGAGAUCAUGCAGCCGUGGGCCCAGACCGUAGUGUGUGGCAGGGCUCGGCUAGGUGGUAUUCCUGUGGGUGUCAUAGCUGUGGAGACGAGGACUGUGGAGCUCAAGCUGCCUGCUGAUCCUGCCAACCUCGAUUCCGAAGCUAAGACGGUGUCCCAAGCUGGACAAGUAUGGUUCCCAGAUUCUGCUUACAAAACGUCUCAGGCCAUCAAGGACUUUGACAACGAAGGUCUUCCUCUCAUCAUAUUCCCCAAUUGGAGGGGUUUCAGUGGAGGAAUGAAAGACAUGUAUGAACAAAUCCUGAAGUUUGGAGCCUACAUCGUGGAUGGCUUGAGAGAAUACAAGCAGCCGAUUAUUACUUACAUCCCGCCGAAUGGAGAGCUGAGAGGUGGGGCGUGGGCUGUCGUAGACCCCACCAUCAACCCUGUACACAUGGAGAUGUACGCAGACCCUGACAGCAGAGGAGGUGUGUUGGAGCCUGAGGGUAUAGUAGAGAUCAAGUUCAGAGAGAAGGACCUGCUAAAGACAAUGCACCGGAUAGACUCGGUGUUGCAACAGAACAAGACACAUCUGAGCGGAGAGCUGAGUACGGACGACAGGACCAAGGCGGAGAAGGCGUUGGCUGAGCGAGAGAAGUUCCUAAUGCCGAUGUAUCAUCAAGUGGCUGUACACUUUGCAGAUCUUCACGACACUCCGGAGCGUAUGCAUGAGAAGGGAGUUAUCUCGGACAUAGUCCCUUGGCGCAAGUCGAGGUGUAUACUCUACUGGAGAUUGAAGAGAUUACUCUAUGAGAAUCAAGUCAAGAAAGAAAUUAUCAAAAUCCAACCAAACUACAAUGAAAACCAACUCCAAGCCAUGAUUAGGAGAUGGUUUAUUGAAGACAAGGGAACCACUUACGCUUACCAAUGGGAGAACAAUGAGGCCGUGGUCUCGUGGCUUCAAGAACAACUCUCCGCCGGAGACUCCACAAUCGGCAACAAUAUCAAGUCUGUCACCCGAGACGCAAUCAUUCAGCAGGUCAAGGCCGCACUGGAGAACUCACCUGAAGUAGCGAUCGAUGCCUUGGUAGAAAUGUUCCAAGCCCUGCCUCCUGGCAAGAAGUCUGAAGCUGUGAGGACGCUGUCUUACCUGGAGUCCAUACCUGCGCAGCAACCUCCGGACUCACAGAAUGACGGAUGAGAACCUUUCCUCAUCUCGUAGUAUCAAGUGCUCAGGUCAAAUUAUUGUGUUGUCUAACAUAAGUGUUGUAAUUGGUGGAAGCAGUUCCAAGGCACUUUUGUAAAAAUGUCUGUAUAAAGUCAUACCCGUACACCACCCAUUUAUAUGUAACAACUUCAAAAUCUUUGAAUAUAAUAUUAACAUUGCUGUAAAUAAUAAAAUAAUAAAAUACCAAAGUGCCCUUGUUUGUGUUUAUUAAUGUUGGUAAUUUUUGUACUGGAUAAAUAUUAUUUAUUGUUACUAUAAUUAUUUAUUAAUUACGUUUAAAAAGAUCAGUGUGGUAUAUAUCAUCGUGUAUAAACUAUAACUUAGGUCCUGUGAAUGACUUUUAUUAUUGUUCAUAAAUAAAAAUAGUAUAAAAAUCAUUAAAAACAUCAAGUUUUAAUAAAA